UUCUGCUUUCUUUGCUUUCAUCUUGCUUUGAUCUCUCUCCGAGAAGAGCAAAAAUGUCUACGGAAAAGGAGAGAGAGACCCAGGUUUAUUUGGCCAAGCUCGCCGAACAGGCCGAGCGUUAUGAAGAAAUGGUCGAGUGUAUGAAAAAGGUUGCAAAACUUGAUCUCGAGCUGACUGUGGAGGAGAGGAAUCUCCUAUCUGUGGGAUACAAAAAUGUCAUUGGUGCUCGCCGUGCUUCGUGGCGCAUUAUGUCAUCCAUCGAGCAAAAGGAGGAGUCGAAGGGAAAUGAGCACAACGUUAAACUUAUUAAGAGUUACCGCCAGAAGGUUGAGGAGGAGCUCUGCAAGAUUUGCAGCGACAUUCUUGCUAUCAUUGACAAGCACCUGAUUCCCUCUUCCACUUCAGGAGAAGCCACGGUUUUUUACUACAAAAUGAAAGGUGACUAUUAUCGCUAUCUUGCCGAGUUCAAGACUGACCAGGAAAGAAAAGAGGCAGCUGAAGAGUCAUUGAAGGGAUACGAGGCUGCUUCAGCCACUGCAAACACCGAUCUUCCAUCAACCCAUCCAAUUCGUCUUGGCCUUGCUCUCAAUUUCUCUGUCUUCUACUAUGAGAUAAUGAAUUCUCCUGAGAGGGCCUGCCAUUUGGCCAAGCAAGCUUUUGAUGAGGCAAUUGCAGAGCUGGACACCUUGAGUGAGGAAUCAUACAAGGACAGUACCCUAAUCAUGCAGUUGUUGAGAGACAACCUCACUCUUUGGACCUCUGAUUUGCCUGAAGAUGGAGGUGAAGACAACCUCAAAGGCGAAGAGUCCAAACCUACUGAAGCUGAGGCAACAUUGACGGGGUGGAAGGCACCUGAGAGAGACAUAGUAGCUGGAUAA